GAGAUGCUUGUGGCAUCAGGUUUUUGCAGAGCUCAACACUAAUUCAGGAUUGGAUCAGGGAGUGUGUGUGUGUGUGUGUAGUGUGUGUGUGUAGUGUGUGUGUGUGUUUCCAUCCCGUGAAGCGUUUAUAGUGCCGCACCCUGUCCUCUGUGCGUAAAACCUCCCACGUACAUCAUCAUCAUCAUCAUCAUCAUCAUCACCACACAACACGUUUUAUUCUUCCAGCAGCUCGGGACGAGUGGAGGAUAACGGUUCACCUCGCGGACAGGUUGGACACAGAGAUGGGAGUGGAGCGGCGGCUUCUCUGGCUAUGACACAGACACACCGGGCGGCAAGGAUGGCUCUAACCAGCCGGGAAAUGUUGUGCUUGAUCGGAACCUCCUGCCUCUGGCUGCCGUUGUGGGCGGAGGUGGUGGCUGAGGACAGUUACUUAAACGAGGUGCAGAACUCAGUGCCUCUGUCCUGCUCUGAGGGAUUCACAGAGUUGGGAUACUACAACGGUACCGUGUCUCAGACGGACUCUGGCGCCCCCUGUCUAAAGUGGACCGAGUUCCCAGACUACGUCAUGCAGUACCCUGGCCGAGGACUGGGUGACCACAGCUACUGCAGGAACCCAGACCGAGAGUCCAACCCCUGGUGUUUCUUCAGACAAAACUCUGGAGCCAUUGGAUGGGCCUACUGCGACUGCCACCAGGGUGCAGCACGUCUGGUGGGCAGCUCGUCCUCUGGAAGUGGCCGUGUUGAGGUCUACCUGAACGGCCAAUGGGGGGCGGUGUGCGACUCUCACUGGUCGGACAGAGACGCCAGCGUGAUCUGCAGGCAGCUGGGCCUGGGUGACAUUGGCACGGCAUUGCAACACUCCCAGUUUGGCUCCGGCUCCGGCCUCUUCCACUAUGAGCGUCUGGGUUGCCGUGGCGAUGAGAACACUCUGAGUAAAUGCCGGAGCAGGACAUUCGUCACCGGUGACUGUAGCCAUGGAAACGAGGCAGCAGUGUUGUGUGCGCCACCGGAAGGCAAUGGCUCUCCGCUGCGAUUGGUGGGAGGCGAGGAAGACUUUGAAGGUCGAGUGGAGGUGUAUCACACAGGACGGUGGGGGUCCAUCUGUGACGACCAGUGGGACGACAGAGAUGCAGAGGUGGUGUGCAGACAGCUGGGUUUUGGGGGGGUGGCGAAGGCCUGGUCGUGGGCUCACUUUGGUCAGGGUUCAGGCCCGAUCCUGCUGGAUGCUGUGAAGUGCACAGGAAACGAGCUCUUCCUGGAUCAGUGUCCCCAUGGCGACUGGGAGCAGCACAACUGUGACCACAUGGAGGAUGCUGGGGUCUCCUGCAGCCCUUAUACAGAUGGUGUGGUGCGUCUGGUUGGCGGAGACAGUCCAUGGGAAGGUCGGGUUGAAGUUUUCCACAAUGGGGACUGGGGGACGGUGUGUGACGACCACUGGGCCCAGCAGCAUGCAGAGGUGGUCUGCAGACAGCUGGGCUACAGGGGUCACGCUGAGCUCGUAUCGGACGGGACGUUCGGCGAGGGCGUCGGCCUGAUCCUCUUGGAUGAUGUCCACUGUGAGGGAUCAGAGACCUCUCUUCUGGACUGUCCACACGGGAUCUGGGGCCGGACUGACUGCUCCCACAGUGAGGAUGUGGGUGUUCGCUGCAGGGGCCGACCCAACCACGAAACCAAUGAAGUGCCGGUCAUCGCACCUUCCACAGGUCCCCUGGUGCGUCUCGUGGGUGGCAGCAGCAGAAAGGAGGGUCGAGUCGAGGUGUAUCUCCAUGGCGACUGGGGAAGUAUUUGUGAUUCAGGCUGGAACAACUUGAAUGCAGCCGUGGUGUGCAGACAACUUGGACACAGUGGUGGAGCAGUAGCAGCUGGAGGGUUCGGUCAGGGGAAAGGGCCCAUACACCUGGACCAGGUGAGGUGCACGGGGAAGGAGGAGUUCUUAGGAGAGUGUCCCUCUCUGGGCCAGAGCAUCCAGGGCUGCAGACGAAGGGUGGAUGCAGGGGUGAGGUGUGACGUUACACCACAGAAGUCAGCAGCACAGGCCAAGCCCCAAGAGCUGAGCUGUGGGCUGAGGAAGCUGGUGGAGGAGGAGAGCAAGCAGAGGAACCAGGGGCAGGAAAACAUGCUCAGGACCACAUGGCCAUGGCAUGUGUCAGUGUGGAUUCAAUCUCAAGAAGAAGGAGCCAGUCCUCUCUGUAGCGGCACCCUGAUCAGCCCCUGCUGGGCCCUGACAUCUGCAUACUGCGUCAGCAGGUUUGGCAGCGACCCGUCCAGGUUUGUGGUGCGUGUCGGGGCUUCAGAGCAGACGCUUACCCCGGAGCAGGUGGUGCUUCACAGGAAGUUCAAGGGUCAGAGUGGAGGUCACGAUCUGGCUUUGUUGAAGCUACCCAGCACCAAGGGUCACUGUCUGACCUUUGACCUUGAAACCAACGCAGCAUGCCUUCCUGCUGCAGACGCAGCAUCAGGAGGAAAUGCACCAUCUUCUUGUGUUGUCAUGGUUACCGCUGGCAGGACAGGACCAGACUCAGUUCUUGCAUCCUGGGUCCCUCUGAUGUCGUCAUGGCAAUGUAAGAAGCGCUAUGGCGACAGCUUUUCCAGCCAUGGCACCCUGUGUGCCGGCAGUCCUCCAGACACUAGCCUCCUCCAUGACGACAACUGUCAGGGCAACUCUGGAGGCGGGCUGGUGUGUCAGGGGGAGAUGGGUCGAUGGGUCCUCACUGGGGUCGUUACCGGGGGUUACGACUGCGCUGACCCCUCCUCUCCAGCGCUCUACACUCGAGUCAGCCGCUUCAGGAGCUGGAUCGAGGAGGUCAUCAACACACGAGCACAUCCAGAGGAACCGAACCCACACACAAACAAAGAAGAUCUGACACACGUUGACAAUGACCUAACACACACACAUGAGGAACACACACACGGUGAGGACAGGGGUAAAUACGUCCAUGUGCAUGACGAGCUUAAACACGCACACGAUCAACAAGAAACAAAUGAAAUCAAUGAUAUUAAACAAAAACACACGCGUCAUUCACACACCAAACAGCACGUUAACACACACACUAAAAGCACACACGCCCACCAUGUUGGGGAUGCUGACACAAACACACAAAUUCUGGUCUGAUUGAGGCCGUGCCAUUGGCUUACCAUGUGUGCCAUGUGACCACCUGAGGAAGAGGAAGACGAAAGUAACCUUUAAAAGAAAAGACAGAUGCUCCUAUCUUAGGUCUGUGCUCAUUUUAAAUCUGAACUCAAUGUUGUGUUUGCGGUUGCUAAUCGUUCGACGAGUACAGCGGUGUGGGCAGACCUUCCUGAGCUGCCAGGGUGACAGAGUGCGUGUGGGUGAUUUGUGGUACUUUACAUGUGAGCUACAGCUUGUUGAGAAGCAGCAGCGAUAGCUGGUGGGGUCUGCAACGUUUAGGUUGAGCCUGGCAUGCUGAUCAGGGCCUUUCACUAAAAAAAUCAGCAUGGCAUGUAUUUUGAGGACAGCAGUGUUAACAAAAUAUUCUGAGGAUAUUUCUAAGACGGUCACACAAAAAUCUAUGCUAAAAUUCACCUAUUAAUGUGUGUGUUCAGUGCUUUUUGUAAGACAAAUCAACAAACCAGACCACCAGAACAUCUAGAAUAAAGACUGACUGCAUAGCAUCAUCGUCCCUCUGAGAUUAUAAACACAGAUUAAACUCCUGCAUCACAUGUCACAAGUGAAAUGUUGCUUUUUCCAACAGGGCUCAUCUCUUCAGGCUGUUGUCUUAUACCUUCACUGGUAAAAAGUGCUGUUUUGACCCAUGACUAAGCUACGUAUUUAACCUGGGACCAUACCAAUGAUUCUUGAUGUUUUAGUGUUUAGGGUUAAUGAUAUCUAAAAUUGCAGGCUUGAUAUCAGAAAGUCUCUAAAGAAAGACUAUUUACUAUUAGCUGUUAACUCGCCAACCUGAGAGAUUUUCACAACCUGGCAGACCAAACGUUUUUAAUGGCUUACAACUGCGCUAUAAAGCAACAAUUAAUUAACCGUUAAUGAAGUCAUUACUUUCAAUUUAUAUGAUCCCUUUAAGAAGGAAGUCUUAUUAAAACGUUUUCUACUGAGACAAGGCUCACAUUAAGGUCUACAAUUAAACCCAUACAAUGUACGUAUCAAGUAUUCCCUCUCUUUUAAAGAAGCUAUUGGUUUCCAUCAAUUUCGCAAAAAAAAGCUCUUGAAACUUGUGGAAUCCAUCACAAAUGUUCAAUCUGCAUCUAUUUUUUGUCAAAGUCACAUUACUGUUCAGAGGUCCCACAGUGCAUUUUUUCUCUCGGAUCUAUUAAACUGCAUUACCUCACAACAAUGAUGGAGAAACACAUCUUGCAGUGAUGGAUUUCACAACUAAAGCAAGAAUCUGCUAACUGAUAUUUUAUCCCAAAGAGAAAACUAUGGUAACAGUGUCCGCCUGGAAAAAUAUGCACGAAAAAACCUGAAAAACUACAAUAUGGUUUUCGUCAGCAGUUGAAUCAAGUGUACAUAUUUUGUGGUUAUCGUAGUUAAGGAGCUAAAACUUGCAAAAAACGUUGGUAUGGUCCUUUUUAACUGUACAGGAAAUUCUUUCCUUUCAAAGCCAUUGGAAGCUGACUGCCGGGUCCUAAAAUAUCUUUUUGUACUGAUUGCAGCAGAUGGCUCUAGAUAGAUAGAUGGAUAGAUAGCUACUAUUCCUGAAAUUAGAUAGUAUGUGUUACUGCAUUCAUUCUUGACUGAAUUAGAUAGCCGAACUCUUGAAGUUAAAUGUUGUCUGUUCUGUUGUACUGUGAGCAGAUGUGCAAUCUAACCAGAAGAUGGCGAUAUUGCUCUAUUUUCACAGGCUUGUUGGAUAACCUGAUGGUUCUUUUUUAUACUGUUGCCAUAUGUGUACGAACUUGACUUGUGCUUUGAUGUACUGUGAACCAUUGUGUCGUGAAGCAUCUUGUAACCGGCAACUGCUGUUUCUCCAACAUGGACCUGUCCGAUGCCUGUUGUUAUAAUCCUGUACAUAAACUCAAUCCUAUCACUACUCCUUCCUUCCUUCCUGAGAAUUGAUGUUUUACCACGUAGACCCUGUAGGUUAAUGUAAAUAAUGUAUGUCUGUGGCUGGACGGUGUGGGAUCAGUGUAAAGUGUUUAAAGACUUCUUUACCUGUGUUAAACCUGUCAGCUGUUCCUCAGUGUAAUGUGCUGAAUCAUGGUUGAGUAUUAAAACCUGCCUGGUGAAAACAAGCA